CAUUUUUCUAUUACACUACCGGCCACCCCACCCUAGAUAUUCUCGCUCGUGUAAAUUAGAUUAGAGCAGAAAAUUGUUGCCCUAAAUCUGAAUCUAAUUUGUGAUCCGUACACAACACAGUCAGUCACACUACUAAUGUUGAGUUCUCACUCCAAAAAUAGAUCAAUCCUGUGGAAUUAUUGAAUCUACAAUGGACUUGAGGACAUAGAUACUGUACUCCCAGAUCCACAAAAUUCUACCUUUUUGCUACAAUGGAGAUGCACUGAUAUGAUGCCAUAGUUAUUAUUAGCUUCUUCAAUGGCGAAUUCACUCAAAGGCAAGCUCUUUUUCAUCUAUUUUCUUUUCGUUUUAGCUUCCCCUCCACUUCUUAAUCGGGCUUUUGUGAGUUGUAACACGGUCCUGAUCCAAGACGAAUCUGAUGACAAAACCGGGAGUAGUUUUGUAUUGGAUCCACAACUUGCUCUAUUGCAAAGACUGGAUGAAAUAGUGAGAAACCUUAGUGAAAUAGUUGCUAGAUUAGAAUCUAAGCUACCUGAUUCCUCUGAAAGGGUACUAAGGGAGGAUGACAAUCUUGUCAUAGAAGCUUUAAAGCUGGAAAAGGGAAAAAACGAUUUAAGAAAGAGAAAGUACGAGGUCAAAAAGUCCAUUACAGAAAUGGAAGAAGAAGGAGCGAAGGGAAAAAUCCAAGAUGAGUCGAGAUCAGGAGCUGUAUCGGUCACGAAGUACAGUCCUUUUUGGUCUGAGAGGUUCCAGUUUGUAUCAGCUGUGAAAUUGGAUUCUCAGGCGACUUGUAUAAAUGUGUUGCCAUUUAGGGAUUACGAGGGUUUAAGUAAGUAUGUUGCUGUUGGUGAUGAGAGAGGGACUGUUUAUGUGUUUUUGAGAAAUGGGGAUGUUUUGGUUCAGCAUCAUACUCUCUCUGAAUCCCCCAUCACAGCCAUGGUUUCUUAUUUAUCAAUUUAUAAGAACGAGAGUUUUGUGGUCACAGGGCAUAAAGAUGGUAUAAUCUUGAUUCAUCGGAUAUGGGAGGGAUCAAGUGGAGAGGAUUGGAGCUCGCUUCUUAUUGAAAACGUUGGUAAGUUUGUAUCCCCUGAUUAUGAUGGAGGAGAUGGAGCAUCCAUAACAAUCUUGGAGGUUCAUCAUGCUGGAAGAAUGAAGUACAUUUUGGCCACUGAUGUUAGGGGGAAGAUAUGGGUUUUCAGAGAGAAUGGGACACUUUAUGGUUCAACUACACCCAACAGUAGGCCACUAGCUUUCUUGAAGCAGCGGCUUCUGUUCCUGACGGAGAGUGGAGCAGGGUCUUUAGAUUUGAGAAGUAUGAAGGUCAGGGAAUCUGAGUGUGAAGGUUUGAACCAUUCUCUUGCUCGGAAUUACGUCUUUGAUGUGAUGGAGCGGUCUAAAGCAUAUGGUUUUACAUCAGAAGGUGAUCUUAUCCAUGUUUUGCUGUUAGGUGAUAUAAUGAACUUCAAAUGCAGGGUUAGAUCUAAGAAGAAGUUCGACAUGAAUGAUCCUCUUGCACUUCAGGCAAUAAAGGGUUAUUUGCUUAUUGUGAGUGAGGAUAAAAUUUUUGUUCAUAAUGUUUCAUCUCAGCAUUAUGUUAGAGUUGGAGCUCCUCGGAUUAUUUUCUCUGCUGGUCUUGACGAAUUAAGAUCAUCUUUCCUGAAUUAUCAGAACAUUGAAUCAGAUGAGGAGAGGAAUAGGGUAAUCCCCUUGAUAGCCAGUGACCGUGAAAAGUUUAUUGUUGUUGGGCUUGGUGGUGGCUAUGUGGGCAUGUAUCGCUCCAACCUUCCAGUAUAUAAAGGGGAAUUCAAUACCAUAUUUUGGACAAGCCCUGUGCUGUUCUUUGUACUUUUUCUCUUUGGAGCGUGGCAAUUCUUUGCUAAGAAGAAGGAAGCACUUACCUCAUGGGGACCAGAUGAUCCUUUUAGUUCUACUUCUACUGCUGCUGGUGCCACAACUGGUGCUCCUUUAGGAACAACUAGCUCUGGAGACAGAGUAGACAGAUCUUUUAUAGACUCUUCUUCAAGAAAUAACGAUAUGAUGGAGCUUAGAGGGAGUGGCCUUAGGGGGCCGACGAGAAGGUACGUUUCUCCGCCUAGAUAUUCCGGUGGUGGUGCCACAAGUUCCUUUAGGCCAGCUUCUGUUGACCAUAACAAUAGGCCAACUUCUGUUGAUCCUAACUUCAGAAGUUCAGAGCUGAAAUAUAGAAGCCCGGGUAUAGAUUCAACAGGUUUUCCUAAGAGAAGAGAAAGUUUGUUCGUAAACAAUCAAGGUGUGGAUGAUAGCAACUAACUUUGUGUGAUCAACUGUACCAAACUUUUGUUUUAGUUAAGCAGUUUAAGUUAUUUUGAUAUAUUUUUUUUCUUCUUCUUCUUUUUAAAAUGAUUCAUUUGGCAUUGUUGUGCUGUCAUUUGAAGUCACACUGGCUGCUUCUGUAACCUCAGCUUUCACAAAUAAAUCUAAUACCCCUUUUUAUUUUA